CCUUUCAUAAACCCCACCGACAACAGAGCCUCCUGCCGCCACGCAAGAUGGAUUUCUCCAGUCUGAAGGACAAAGUGAGCAAUCUCACGCUCUACGACCUCAAGGCGGGCGUGCGACAGGUCCAAAAUGCCGUGAUGAACUACACUGAGAUGGAGGCGAAGGUUCGCGAGGCCACAAACAACGAGCCUUGGGGUGCCUCCUCGUCCUUGAUGCAAGAAAUUGCGGAUGGAACCCACAGUUAUCAAUUGCUCAAUGAGAUCAUGCCGAUGAUAUACAAGCGUUUUACGGAGAAAGCGGCGGAAGAAUGGCGCCAAAUCUACAAAGCUCUCCAAUUGCUCGAGUUCCUCAUCAAGAAUGGUUCAGAACGAGUAAUCGACGAUGCGCGGUCACACCUCUCCCUCCUAAGGAUGCUCCGGCAGUUCCACUUUAUUGACCUGAACGGCAAGGAUCAAGGAAUCAACGUACGCAACCGCUCGAAGGAGCUAGCAGAACUUCUCAGCGAUGUCGAAAGGAUUCGAUCUGAGCGAAAGAAGGCCCGGGCCACAAGAAACAAAUACGGCGGUGUCGAGGGCGGUAUGGGCGUGGGCAUGGGAGGAAGCAUGGGGGGCAGCAUGUCAGGAGGUGGUGGUGGAGGAGGAGGAAGCCGGUACGGAGGCUUUGGCAGCGAAGAGGCUAGUGGCUACGGAGCCUAUAGCGGAGGCGUCUACGGCGAUGGCGGCGGAUUCGGAGGCAAUACUGGGGGCUUUUCGGAUACCUCAUCCCGAAGAGACCGAUUCGAGGAGUACGACGAGUACGAUGAGGGAGCUGUCGCUGCGCCAGGCCGAAGAAAAGCAGACGCCCCAUCAGCCUCAACUGCUGUGAAGCGGGAAGCGAAGAAAGCCGAGCCUCCCAAGCCGAAGGAAGCGGAAGUUGACCUGUUCUCGUUUGGAGACGAUGAUCCAGCGCCCGCCUCUACAUCCAGUGGCAAGCAGAAAGCAGCGGCGCUCACCGAUUUUGGAGCGGACGACGACGAUUUUGACGAUUUCCAGGCUGCGCCGCCACCAGCAGCAGCACCCACAUCGCAAGCGUCCUUCAGCAUUGCACCGCCGGGAUCCACGUCAACCACUACCUCAUCGACCCAAUUCGCCCAGCCUCAACCUCGCUCUGGCACUCAAGGCGCAAAUAUCAACGAUCUCUUCGCAUCUAUCUCUCCCCCUCCAAGCAACGCAACAGCGUCACCUGCUCUUGCAUCUGCAUUCUCUCCUCCAGCUAUACCACAGCAAUCGCAGCCUUAUCGUCCUGCCGGCUUCCAGUCCGCUCAACCAAAUUACUUCACUUCCGUGCCUCUCGCGGCAAGUAGCACCCCGGCUUCGAGUACCACUACCCUAGGAGUCCUGUCUCCUUCUAUUACUAAAAGCACGCCCGGGGCUAAACCAUCUGGCGGGGAUGCAUUUAGCUCAUUGCUCGGGGGAACUACUAUUAAGAAGACCGGCACACCAACCCAGAAAGUCACAUUAGCUGACAUGGCCAAGCAGAAGUCUACCGCGGGGAUCUGGGGUGCGCCGUCAUCUACCGGCGCUAGCCAGCCGGGCGCUGCACCAAAGGCGGGCAAUGGCCUUGAUGAUCUAUUAAGUUGAUGUGCUUUGAGUCUUAUUGUCGUUACUAUUCGAAAGCAUGGCGCGAUAAGGUAACGGGGUUUGAAUAUUGCACGAUGGGGAGAAAGGAAAAGGACGAGCCUGAGAUUGAACAAUUCACAAUGAAACUCCAAAUACGUUCUAUGUAUUCCUGCAGAUUUUAGCUCGCUGCUUAGGUACUUGCUAAGAACAAGGAAACUUCCUUCGCUUUGUCCUAUCUCUUGAAGUUGUGCAAGAGAUCGUGAAUAUCCAUCUUAACAUAAAAUGGCGGGGUGGGAAACACGUGAUGGGCGGCCAAAUCUCGGG